UGUGAUUGAUUGGGCUCUUGAAAGUUUUAAAAACCAUCUUGGGAUUCUCUGGUUCCUACAGACUGACAUAUUCCUAAUUUAUUGUACUAAGCGGUUUUUGUAGGUUUACAAAGCAAGAUUACUUCAUUGUUAAUUUUUAUGGUUAACUAAUCUGUUUAAAUCAGUUUCUUCUUUAUGACUAGGUAGUAUAAAAUGUCAAUCACUAUAAUAAAAUGCUUUAUUAAAUGUUUGUAAAUUUAUUUAACAAAGAACACAUGUAAAUUGCUUAAUAUCUGUAACGUAAGGAAACAUAUUGAGAUCGAAAUCAUCUCUGUUAUUGCAUAGUCUCGAAAAUUUUUGUCUCGCUAUUUAAAUGAAAAGUCAAGCAUAAUCAAUGUAACUUCACAAAUGUGUAUUUUACAAUGUCACUAGUUUUUAUAUCCGUUGACUAUCAGAAAAUUAAUAGGUGAAAAUUUCAAGUUUAACUUAAAGGAACUUCUUAUUUAUUAGAAGUUGGACUUGGUGUUUAUUCUUGUUGAAACAAACACUUUAGGAUCUUGGAAAGUACUUUGACUUGACGAUUAUCAUUACUUAUGUCCAACCAAAUCUGACGAUGUCGAGUGUGAGGCAGUCACUCCGUUAACAAUGCAAGAUGGUUGCUCAAUAUCGUGAAUUGAUUGAAGACAAACGCCAUUGAAUCGUGGCUUAGUAAUCUGGAGGCUAAGUAUUCGCACUUGGAACCCAUGUUCCAAGGUUCGAUCCCCCGUGGUAGGGUCUUAGAGGUACACUGUUGAAGAGUCACAUGCUAGAACGAAGCAGCUAUCCAGUGCCUUCUGGUUUUCAGUCGAUGUCCAACCUAUAUCGGUUCUUUAUCCAAGUAAUCUUAUUCUGUUGUCUCUUUUAAUGUUAUUUUUUGACGUUUCGCAAGGACAUUUUAAUGCUGUAUAUAUACGCUUGAGUUGUGCUUGUUGUUGUCAGUGCUUCUGACUGCUUGUGGAAUACAUUUUCCCUCUUAUUAACAUGGACUUCUCUCUCUAGUUAGCUGGGUUGCAACGCAUCUGAAUAGUUAGCUUAUUUGGUCAUUGUGUCGCUGAGUCUUCAUUUCGUUCGCAGAUUUAGGUGGACCCGUAAUCUAAGACAUAGCAUACUCUGAAUGCCAUACUUAUUGACUGAGUCGGAUCAGUUAUUUUCUCUUUUGGAAAAAGUGUCUAUCGUUAUUUGCAAAAUCAUAACUUACUAAAGUUUUAUCCCUGUCAGUAAAAAUCAUGAACCUAUCUAAGUUUGACCACCAUUGACUUUUCGUCUCAUUUUCUUCAUCAUAGGUCAGUGCUGAAUUAAAAGAUGAUAAUGAAUACUGGGGUGAUUGUGUAAUUCAAGCUCAUUCAAGUGAUUCUGAACGACCUUAUAAAGUUUUUUGUCGUACCACAAACGAAGCUUAUUUUUUACGAAGAGGUCAAGUAUCAAUACAUGAAUCGGAAGUUGAUAAUUUGAAAAAGCGACAACUACUACCUUCUAAUCCUUUUGAAAUUCAAAUCUCAAUUGAAAAUGAAAACAAAAUUAACAUGAAUACUUCUAUAACGAAAAUAUGUGCAAGUCCAGAGGUUAGUCUGUCCAACUUAGUUUUUGAUAAGAGAAAAUCGAGACCUAAAGUUUAUCGAUCCAGCUGGAUCACUCCAAUUAAGCAAUUAACAACGGUUAAAAAGGAUACUGAUGACCAACAUUGUAUAACAUUGCCAAGUAAACUUACACUGUCUUCACAUUUACGCAAACGAUAUAGAAAUCACUUUAAACGGAAAUUACAAACGCCUUCUGUUCGAAUCAAUCGUUCACGAAAUAGAUCUGAUAGUUCAACUGGACGUUCAAGUUCAGCCAAAAAGCAACGUCUUUCUGAUUUGUUUUCAGAUGACGAAAACUUACUAACACAACCUAUGUCUUUGCAAACACCUGUUUCGAAAACAGAAACUUCUUAUAAAAAAAACAAUUCAAGUCAAAUAGUUUCUAAAAGGAUGAGGUCUUCUCCUUCGCCAAAGUCUAGAGCAUCAAUUGGUUUACUUAGAUCAUUAAGUCAUAAUUUAGAUAUACCAAUUCCAAGUCCAACUGUAUUCCAUGGAUGGACUAUCAUUCUUACAGGUGGAGCUAAAAACUACAAUUCAAAUGAAUCUAUAGAUCGUAAUCUUUUAGAACAAUUGAUUAUUGCGUGUGGUGGAGAAGUUGCUUUAGAAAUCAAUCCAUCUUUAUUGAAUAGAAGUUAUGGUUGGGAAAGUCCUGAACUAGAUGAUAGUUUCCAUCAAAAGAAAAGUCAAUGUGCACAUUUUGUAGCUUUAGUUUCAACAGAUUGUUGUCGCACAUUAAAAUAUUUCCAAGCACUUGCUACGUUAGGCAGUGUUCCAUUACUACGUAUUGACUGGUUGUUGGAUUCAUGUCGUGAAGAUGCUAAAACAUACAACAAUCAAUCGUCUUUUGAAGAAACUCGUAAUUGGCCUUUAUAUUUGUUACGUACAUAUCCUGGUCGUUAUGAAUUACCUCGGGGAUUUAUAUCAGGAUCUUCUGAACCAGUUAGUUGGGAAACACUCUUGUGUUUCCCUUCCAACUUUCAUUAUAUUUCUACAUACAUUUCAGGUGGUCUGUGCCUGUACGAUAUCGUUCACCAGCUUAUCAAACAAUUCCUUCACCAUCAUUGUUUGGCCAUCUUGGAGAUUGGGCGGAUUGUGGAACUAAUUAUCGUUUAGUAGCUAUAGUAACUAAUGAUCUUAAGGUGUUUGGACCUGGUUGGUUGAAUAUUUUAUCUCUAGCUUGUGGUUCCAAUAAUGGAUUUGAUGAGUUGGGUAAUUCAUCUAAUCGAAUUCCUUUAAUACAUUUAUCUGAAAUAUCUCAAAAACUAUCUGAUUUAUUUCCAUCUGUAAGGUGUAGAUCUAAAGCAAGUGAGAAAAAAGUGAAUUUUGUCCUAGUAGACAAGAACCAUGUAAGUUCUGAAAAUAAGUUUUUUUGAUAACAUUUUCUCAACUUUGUUCUCCUCACUAUUUUUAUUUGGUAUAUAUAUUUCAGUAAAAUAUAUAACUGCUCGAAUGCUUUAACUAGUAAUAAUCUUGAUAAAUCACGAUGUAUUUCACUUACUAAAAACAAAUUUGUAUAUUCACCUUUGAGUCACGCUUCACUUGAGAACUAGUAAUCCUAUAUAACUGAUUAAACUGAAGUACGUUUAGCGGGAUCCACAUCUGAGGUGACCUACUGGUUAAAAGCUGAUUUCUUUAACAACUAGUCCUCCAUAUUUUUUGGUAAAUACUUAAACUAGUGCGAUGUUUUUUUGUUUGUCAUCGAAACAUAAGACAAUAGCGUAAAAUGUAUACUAGAAUUUCACACAUUACACGAAUGGUUCGCUUUAAGUAAGUAAUUGCAUUGAUUUUUUUCAAUAACCAUCACUACAAGUAAAGUUAUGUAAUAUUUUGAGCCUUCCUCAGGUAUUCUUAGAUAAUCUAGAGAUUACUUUUGUACUCCCAAAUAUAAACAGUACAAACGGAUACCAUUCUAAUGCUUUUACAUAGCAGGUGCAUAAUGCAUCUAAAUAAAUUUCCGGAUGCCGAUUAUAAAUUGGGAAGAUGAGUGACUUUUACACCAUGGUUGUAACACUGACAGCAGAACUUAAAUACGAAUAACUGUCUUUUUAGAAGUUAUUUUGGCCGCCGAAGUAAUGGGAUUUAAACUUCAGGAGGUUUUUGACAACUACCUACUAUCAGUCUUUAGUUGAUUGUUUGUGUUCGCUAAGUCAACAUAAUGCUAAAUUGGUUCUUUUAAAAGAAUCGUUCCAUUUUCGUCAGCUGCAGAUUAUCUUUUCGUACAAACAACCGUUGUUUGGCCUUUCCAAAAAUUUCAUUCAUAAGUUCGGAUGUCAUACUGUGAUGAACGAGAACCUAUGUGGGGACAACCAAUUUAUUGUUUAAUACAAAAUUCUUUCGUAAAAUAUGGGAACCAUGCAUUCUAUAAUUCAUUUGCAAAUCCUCUAUAAAUUGUCUCAAACUUCAUCGUUUCUUCAUUACAACUACAAUUACUUACUGUUCCCGUUCUCUUCGAUUCGAUCUUUCUGAUUCUCUUCUGUCAGGCAUUCUACUUUUGUGUGGUAAUAUAUACUACUUAAGUCGACAUAAGUAGCAUACACCACAACACUUUCUCGCAAUUUCAAGACAAUUGGGAAUUUAUUGAUCACAAAACGCUCAUUUCUUAUUUUAUGUGUAUUGGUGGUUCGAAUCUUUCCAUCAAUGUUUAGGAUUGCAGUUGACCAGUUUUUUUUGUCAUAUGUCCAUCCUGUGCGGAUUCCCUCGAUAUUGCCAAUAGGUUAAGGAGACAUAAAAUGCUAGCUAGCAUUGGAUCCUAGGAUGCGCAUUCCGCCAUAUUUGUGACUCGUCAGUCAGAUGUAUCUUCUUCCCGGAGUUGACUUUUGAUCACGAGACUCGGACCCAGUACCGUUACUCUGAAUGUUAUCGCGUUAUACACUUAACUACCGGGUCAUUCUAGAACGAAAUGCGCACUCUGCAUUCCACUGCUAGCUACCAUUCACCUCUACUUAAAAAUUCAUUUCUUAUUUUUCACAUAUUAUUCAUCAUAAAUUUUUUUCCAGAUCAAUCAGUCUGCGUUCGCGUUUAUGAAAACAUUACCUAUUGAAAUGGUUACUUGUGACUAUUUCAUUCAUUCCCUUAUCUGUGGACAUUUAGUUAACCCAAAAUCUUCUCCGUAUUUUUCACCGAUAGUAUGAGCAUCUAUUUAAAUUAUAAUAUGUGUAACAAUUAAGUUCCAUAAUUCUCCUCUUUUAUUACUUCCUUUCUCUUCAAAAGCACUCGCUAAUCAUCCAGUUAAAAUCAAUUUUAUUGGUGUUACAAUUAAUUAUCAUUAAUUUUGUUCAGAUUUUAUUGAAUUGUUUAAUUUUUAGUCACUUCAAUUUUAGAGUUUAACAUGUUACAUAAUUUAACCAUAUAAAAGUAUAUUGGUUGUGGUUAUGAAUUUUUAUUCAAAACACUUUCAGAUGUUGUCACAACAAAAGUAAAUUUAACUACCCACUUAUUUUAACCUUUUGUUAAAUCUGAACACACGUCUAUUCGCGAUAAAUCACGUAAAUUAAAACAAAUAAACAGUGUACACACGCAUUAAUCCACCUUUUCUAAAAUAAACACAAUAGACUUUAAUUUUUGUUCCCUCUUUAUUUGAUCUUAUCAAAAUAGAUAGUGUGUUAUACUUGAUUCAUUGUAAUCACAAUAUACCAUUUAUCCAAAGAUUUACUGUAAUACGAAAUUGCUAAAGGUUUUCUAGAACAUAUUUUUUCUUAUCUUUUAUCAUAGUUUUAUAAUCCCGUGACAAUGAUGAUAUUCUCUUGUGCAGUUUAAUUCAGGUCAUUUAUAAUGAUAUUUAAAUUACAAUUUAUUGCUACAAAAAGAAUAGUAAAUUGUUUUAAUUGUAUAUAUCCGUCCCUUUCCUGGUUUUUCCGUCGAGGGGGCUCACUGGCCAUCCCUAAUUGCAUAAGUAAUUUCAAAU